GUGUUUUUAAUCAAAACGAACCCAGAACGCAUAUAACAAUAUUAAUAUUAUACUGAUAGUCAAUCAAUCAAUCAAUCAAUAAUAAUCAAUAUCAUUAUAAAGAAUGUACAUUCUUUAAGUUUUCUAAGUUUCGUGAAACUCCAGGAUAAGCUAUCAAUUGUGGUAAUUAUUAGGUAAAGUUUUCAAUUAAUAUUAUCAUUUCAUUGUAAUUAACCUGUAGUUUAAAUACACGUGCUUUAUAAUUUGUUGUUAUUGUAGAUAAUGUGUUUCUGAAUUACUGAGCUUUAAUUAUUGGGUUCUGCGGUGCAAUUGAAAUCUAUAUAUGAGAUGCAAUUUCGACAUGCAUGUUAUUCGCUCUUUAUCUUUCAAGUAGAAAAGCUGUUGCAGACAGGUUGCAUUGCAACAAAUUUUAAAGUGUAUUGUGUCAAUAUUCAAGUUGUGAAAUAAAGACAAUUACAAACGAAAUUAAAUGUUCGUGUAAUGUGCAUUAAUUAGUUGCUUGUUUAUUGUCAGAUAUAAAAUCCGUAAAAAUAAAUCAUAAAUAUUGUUUUUUCUAAAAUUACUCCAAACGAAAAAAUGCAGUAAAUUUAACUAAGAAGAAUGUGGAAUUACUAGAAGGUACCAUUAAGGAAUGCAGCAAAAAUUUAAGAAAACUUAACUCUGCUCUAAUGAAUGCGAAAACGACUGGCGCUAGAAAAAAAAUCGCCAAUACAAUAUGUGUUUUAAGUGGUUUGCGAACACAAGUGAAACUACGUCGACCUGUGUGCUUUGACCAUUCUUCUUCGAAUCUAUGUCCAGUUAGGCAUACAGUAAAAUGGGAAGACGUGCAGUCAGCUGUUAAAAGUCGAAUACGGACUGGAGUGCUCACUAAUCUUGAAAACAAGCUAAAACAAAGCUAACUUUUUACAUGCUUGUCAAGUUUAUUUCGUCGUCGUAUAACAAGAAUCCUUAAAAGUGAAAUAGCGUUAAAAGUCAACGCAGAAUUGUGUCGUGAAUUUAAAAUUGUUAAAGGCGAAGAUGAACAUUAUGAGUUCAAGUGUAUACACAAGGAAUAUGCCAAUCUAUCUUUUAUCUUCACAAGUAUCUCAACAUAAAAACAAAAUUUUAUUUUGUGAGCAAUGUCUUCAUUAUUUUUAUAGUCGAGCACGUUUAGAAAAGCAUAUUCAGGAUUGUAAUAAACUUAACAAUUGUAAAAUUCGGUUACCAUCCCAAGAUUCAAUGUUUCUGAAAUUUAAGAAUUUUAGUUAGAAAUUCCUUUUGUAAUUUAUGCAGAUUUAGAGUGUCUACUGAUAGCAAUUAAUGAUAAAAACAAGUAUCAAGACCAUAUUCCCAGUAAUGUAGGUUAUUAUGUUAAGUGUUCGUAUGAUCAAAAUUUAUCUUUCUACAAGAGUUAUCGUGGGAAGGAUUGCAUAAAGUGGUUUAUUAAUGAAAACAAAUUGCUGAAUAUCUACAGUCGAUUUUCCUUUCCCCUGUUCCAUUGACUGAGUUAACUAUAAAAGAAACCAGUAAUUUUAAAAAUGCUUGCAAAUGUCACAUAUGCGAAAAAUUGUUUUCCAUAAACGAUAUUAAAGUGCAAGAUCACUGUCAUCUUACAGAUUCAUGGCAAAUAGUCUGGAUACAUUAUCAUCGUACCUGACCGUGUUUCCUAUUUUAAAGUCUCAAUUCACAGAUCUUACAGAAGAUAAAUUUAAUCUCAUAACUCGCAAACUUUUGUAUCGAUAUGACUAUUUUAACUCUUUCGAUAAAUCCACAGAAACAGCGAUCUCUGAUUUUCCCCAGUUUUAUAACAAAUUAAAUGACGAAAGUGUAAGUCACAAAGAUUAUGUGCUCACCUUUAGAAUUUGGGAGGAAUUUUCAAUAAAAAAUCUGGGCGAAUACUCUGAUUUGUAUCUAAAAAUUGAUGUUCUUCUUCUGGCGGAUGUUUUUGAAGAAAUUCGUUCAAAUUUUCAUAAUACAUACGGUCUUGAUCCAGCUUUCUACUUCACACUUCCUGGUUAUACCUGGGAUGCAAUGCUCAAAUGCACUAAUGUUACUUUAGAAUUAUUGACUGAUGUAGAUAUGUUAAUGUUUUUUGAACGCGGUAUUAGAGGAGGACUUAGUCAAUGUUCAAAACGUUAUUCGAAGGCAAACAAUAAAUAUAUAUGCGAUUACGAUUCAACUAAGCCGUCUAAAUUCUUGAUUUAUAAUGAUAUUAAUAAUCAAUAUGAGUGGGCAAUGUGCCAAUUUCUACCACAAAAUAGUUUUGAGUGGCUGGAAAAUCCAGCAGAUUUUAAAGUAGAAGAUGUGUCUGAUGAUUCACCUAUUGGCUAUAUCCUUGAAGUAGAUUUGGAAUAUCCGAAAGAAUUACAUAAUCUACACAAUCAACUCUCCUUCUGUCCAGAACGCAGUGUACCGCCUGGAUCAAAAGAAGAAAAAUUGUUGGCUACUUUAAAAGAUAAAGUUAAAUAUAUCAUCCAUUACCGAAACUUGAAGCAAGCAAUGGAGCAUGGUCUACACCUUACUAAAAUUCACAGAGUUCUCAGUUUUAGGCAGUCUCCUUGGGCAUUGUGAAACUAUUAUAGUAACACAAUGGUCAGGUCGGUAUGGAGCUGAAUCGCUAAUUGCAAAGCCUGAAUUUAAAGCGUCAACUGUUUUUAAUGAGAACUUUGUAGCCAUUGAACUGAAUAAAUCUGAAAUUUACUUCAAUAAGUCGAUAUAUGUAGGCAUGCGUAUUUUGGAUUUGGCAAAAAACCACUAUAUAUGAUUUCCACUAUAAUUAUAUGAUUCCUGAAUUUGGUUUCAACUCUACAUUGUGUUAUACGGAUACAGAUUCCCUUAUAUAUGAAAUAGAAUGUCACGAUUUCCACGAAGUAAUUAAACGUGAUUGUCGCGAUCGCUUUGAUACUAGUGAUUAUCCUUCUAAUAACAUUUUUGGAAUACCCCCCGUAAACAAGAAAGUAUUAGGCCUUAUGAAAGGUGAGAAUAAUGGGAAAAUUAUGACCGAAUUCGUUGGUUUACGCUCAAAAAUGUAUGCAAUUCGCGUGGCGGGUGAAGAUAAAAUGAAAAAAUCUAAAGGAAUUAAAAGUCAAAUUGUAAAAAAUAGAUUAUCAUUCGAUGAUUUUGUAGACUGUUUAAAAAACAACACCCGAAAAGAAGUAAAGCAAAAUCUCAUACAAUCUCAGAAACAUAAGGUGAGUUCAGUAAGACAACUCAAAAUUGCCCUGAACGCUAAUGAUGAUAAGAGGUACAUAAUAAAAAAUAUUAUGUAUUAUGGAUGUAGAUAUAAGUGAUAACGUAGCAAAUAAACUAUACUAUGUAUUAGAAUGUCCUUUAAAUUUAAAAUAUGAAUUAUAUCCACUAUUCUAAUAUACUUAAUUAAUUCAAUAAAUAAA